AUGUUCAGACCAGUAUUGGGAACCAAAAAAAUAAGAAGAGUAAUUUGUAUAAUAAGUUUACUUUGCAUACUACUAUUGAUAGGUGCGGUUAAAUACAAUUACAUUAAUUCGGUCAAAGAUGAGGCUUCAAAUCUGACAACUGGCUUUGAAGCAGAGCAGUACACUUUUCCCAAGACAGUACUAUUUGAAAGCAAUAACAAUUUGGAUGAUUUAUUGGCAAAGAAAAACAACUGGAAGUUCCAAUCCAAUGUUUACAACCAAUUGUUUACGGAUCAUUCAAUAGAGUCAGUUUUGUCUCUAUCAUUUAAUCAAAGAUGUGAAUUGUUAGUUCGGAACGUAAUUUCUCAAAAAGUAUCUUGGGCUUUUGAUCCACUAGAAACUUUUGAAAUUAACUAUGAAUCUAAAGACUAUAUUCAAUUUAUUCAGGAGGAAGGAUUGAAAUUGACCGAAGAAUUUGAAAGGACAAAGAACAAUUUAAAGUAUAAGACAUCGUUGAAUAAUUUUCUAAAGGACGAGUAUAAAACCAUCAGAUCAAAACAGUAUGAACAAAAAAUAAUUGAUCAAUUGACUAUUGUUCGGAUCUUUAAUAAAUGCUUCAUUCACAAUGAUCAAAGAGAUCGAAAUAAUUUGCUCGAGAGAUUAAUUCAAGAGCAGCAAAAACAAGUAGCCAAUGCCAAUUCAGCUAAUGUACAAUCGGAAUUGAAACUAACUGAAAAUGAGAAAAUGGUUGAGGCGUUAGCAGAAGAUUAUACCACUUUAGGAAAACGUGUCUAUCCGUGGAUCUCGCAACAAUUUCCACUUUAUGAACGUUGGAAUGGUGAUUCAUAUUACCAUCCACCAAAUUAUGAAGAAAUUUUAAAAGAUGAAACUCAUAAAGGUGAAACACCAACGACUCGUUAUCUGACAUCACAGAUUUUUUUGAAUCAAUUUAAAGAUACUUCCAAUGGGAAGGGUAUAGUGUUGUCAAUUACUGAAAAACAUAUUGAUGAUACAGUUAAUCUUAUUCGCUUACUACGAGCUUUGAAUAACAAGUUACCAAUCCAGAUUAUCUAUUUUGAUGAUCUUUCACAAAGUUCAAAGACGAAAUUAUUAAGGGCAGCCAGAGGAGAAAUCAACAAAUUUCCCAAGUCAUAUGAAAAAGUAUAUAAUGGUAAGCAACCCAGUUUCCCACCACAAGAAGUUUGGUUUGUCAAUAUUUAUGAAUCUGUCAAUCCCCGAUAUAGAAAUUUGUUUAAAAAAUUUGACUUUAAGUUAUUAGCUUCACUAUUUAAUUCCUUUGAUGAGUUUAUGUUGAUUGAUGCUGACACAAUUUUAGUAAAAAGACCAGAGUUUUUCUUUAAACAGCAGGCAUAUCAACAAGCUGGAGCAUUCUUUUUCAAAGAUCGUACACCAUUGCUCAAACGCCCAAUAACUGACGGACAGUUUCUUGAUAAAAUGGGACCAUCAGCAAUAGAUUCAAUGAUGUUUGAUAUACCAAUGAUGUCACAAUAUACAACACACAGAGAGUUGUUUAAAGGGUUGCGUCUUUAUAUGGAAUCAGGAUUAGUUAUGAUAGACAAAAGGCGUCAUUUCAGCUCAAUUCUAAUGAUGAUUCAACUUAAGUUCAUUCAUCCAAUUUCCGGUUCAAUGUGGGGGGAUAAAGAAUUGUUUUGGUUAGGAUUUGCCAUUAACGGUGAUGAAAAUUACAAAUUCAAUAACCGUUUUGCUGCAGCAAUUGGUCAAUUAACUUCAAGCCAAUAUAGAAAGGGCAAAGAUGGGAAGACCUUAAACGCUAAAGAAAUAUGUUCGUCACAUCCAGGUCAUAUAAGUGAUGAUGAUGAUCGGAGUUUAUUGUGGUUUAAUUCAGGGUUUAGGUUUUGUCAUGAAGCAAACAAUCUCAAUUACGAAAAAGAAUCCAAGAACAGUGAGAUAUUGAAAUCCCUUAAUGGCCCAUUAGAAUUUGAGAAAUACUAUUCUGAUCCAUUACGAAUAACCCAUGCAAUCGUUCCACCUUUAAACAAGAACCUUCAGAAAAUGUAUAAUUAUGAUGAAGAACCUGCUGAUGGAUGGACAUCAGAACCAAACUGUAACAAAUACAUGUGGUGUGCCUAUUCUAGUAUAGGUGGUCGAACCAGUCCGGAAGAAAACAGCCAUAAAGAAACACUAGACGGUCUUUUGAUUGACUAUACUCCUGAAGAAAUUGCAUAUUUCAAUUACUUAGGAGAUGUUUGGGUUGGAAACUACUAA